CAGAAUCCGACUCCAUCUUCUCUACCACACCAAGCCUGGUUCUUUCGAGGCCCUAAAUAUCAUCCCACAAGUCAAUACAACAGCAACAUGCAAAUCAAGUCCCUCUUCGUCGUCCUCACAGGCCUGAUGGCCUUCGCCGCAGCGGCUCCCGCGGAAGCUGAAGCCAGAGAUACUGCGAACGUUCAAGCCAGAAAGUCCUGGACUGCGGAAGGUGGUUGCAAGACAGACUGGGCUGGUCGCUGCAACGCACAAUGUAUCGGUGAGGGUGUGAGGUCUCAUGGAUGCAAGAAGGGCGAUAUCAGCUCUGGCAUUGAAUCGUCCCACUGUGUUAUUGGCUGGAAUAUCUGCAAGUGCUCUUGCUAGAUAAGCUGGAGUGUCUUUUCUACAGGAGGUCAACUUGGGGUAAGGGCGAAGGAUGCUUGCUUGGUCCAGGUUUGCUUUGAG